AGCCUGCUCAUACCUCAGGUGCAGUGCAGUGCCUGUCGCUCCUCACUACUGUGGGCUGUUACUUAGUACCGUGGUUAUUCAUCGCUGGUUCCGCUCUGGACGUCACUUCUCCGACUUUGUUCAAAGGCACCUUGGUGACACUCGAUGCUGCCCAGCAACAACCAUCACCACCGCUUCCUCUCUUAAACCUCUCCUCCCUCUCCCUCCUCUUCUUCGAGCCAUCGACUAUCUGGUCGUGGCCACCUCUCGCUCUCUUCGAUCCCGACGCUACAUCCAUCUCCAUCUUGCAUGCUUCACUCCAGGUCCCUGGCUAGCAGCAACGCCACCAACAGCACAACCACCGCCUCCAACAUCAUUCUACUCUCAGGUCAACCACCGUGCCACUCUUGUCCAGGCUUCUUUUUGAGUGGAAACAUCGGCGUUGGCACCAGUUGAUCCUUGCGUGACUUCCUGUCUCCUCGACCUCGAAGCCAUUAACGGGCACGGACCUGUCAGAACAGAACCUUGCACUUGCAGUCGGCACUUCUCACUCUCUCAACAUCCGACCGCCGACUUGCCCUCCACGCCAUUGUGGAACAAGACCGUCUGGGAUACACCGCAACUCAUUCACUCUUAAGUUCCCGCGUCCCACGACCAUCUUCUUCGGGAAUCGACUUGUGGCAAGUCUGGGAUACCACUUUCGUGGACAGAGGCUGCAACGGUCUAUACCAUGACCAUGAUCGAGGCUUCAUCACCACUUGCUGCCAUGCAGCCGCCGUCGUUCUUGGGUCAUUGUGGUGGCUUCAGAGUCGAUGCUCCUCCAUCAUAUGCUGCCUUUACUGGCCAGUCCUAUGGAUCUAAUACCUUCAACUUCAGGGACUUGUCGAUGAAGAGAUCCGUACCUAAGCAUCCGGACUAUUUCAGCAUGAAACCCGUGCGAGGUUCCUCCCCAACCGCGAGUCUAGCGGCAGAUCUCUCUCAAAAUUUCCAUAUCGACCAGAGCCCGCAGUUACCUACGCCUCGAAGAGCCCUUUUCUCCCACUCCUUGGAUAAUCAUCGACUCGUCACAACACCCCCCAUCCCCUCAUCUUCGCCAGGAUGUCAAGAUAUCAUGGAUAUGGACCUCUCACCGCUGCCACACAAGGCCCCUUUCACCGCUGUCCAGUACCAAUUACAAUCACCCACUCCAGACCUCACUCCCGCAGAGGACUCUUGUUCUUCAAUGUUCUCAUCUGCUUCCAUCUCACCUGCUGAGCCUCUGCAAAUCGCCUUUCCUACCGACAAGAGAAAACUUAGUCUCCUGCGCCCGUGCCUGACUAGGGUCAAAAAUCACAGCACCAGCAGCUUACCUCAGAAGUCAGACUCUGAGUCUCAGCUCCCUCCUUUCAGAUUUGGAAAUUACUCAUCCAAACCUGCAACAUCCUCUUCUCUCUCGCUCUCGGAGAUUUUCGCCGACUCUCCUACACAGGAAAAGCGAUCACCGCGCCUCACACUCGCUGGACUUAACAUUCCACGCAGUCGAGCAAACCUUGCCUUCUCGAAUUCUUCAUCUCGCAACGCGUCUCCGAUGGGCGGCCAUUUGAGAAAGAACUCAAACCCACUCAUGAGACCGCGGAAACAGUUUCGGCGGUCUUUGAGCAUGUUCGAGCAUCCAGAGGACGUUAUGAGACAGGAGAAGGAGCGGAUGAGCCCACCUCCAUCAUUACUACCAUCUAUCAUGGAUGUUGAGACCCCGUAUGUCCCUCAGCUGCCCCAUUUCCAGCCAGAUGGAGAGGCCGGUGCUCUUCCCCGGAUCACAAAAGAGACCAUGGUGAAUAUCCUCGAUGGCAAUUAUAAUUCGCUGUACGAAAAGCUUGUUAUUGUUGACUGUCGAUUCGAGUACGAGUACGAAGGCGGCCACAUCGAAGGUGCUGUAAACUUCAACGACAAGGAGCAACUGUCAUCGCAACUGUUUGAUGUGGAGCCAACCUCUAAAGCUCUUCUGAUCUUUCACUGCGAGUACUCGGCCCACCGGGCACCUCUCAUGGCAAAGUUCAUACGAAACAAAGACCGCACCGUCAAUGCCGACCGAUACCCUGCUCUCACCUACCCAGAAGCGUAUAUCCUCGACGGUGGAUACAGUACGUUUUUCAAAGAUCACCAGGAUCGAUGUUACCCCCAAAAUUACGUCGAGAUGGACGCCAAAGAACACGUUCUGGACUGUGAACGCGGCCUGGGAAAGGUCAAACAGCGGUCCAAACUGGUUCGAGCUCAAACUUUUGCAUUUGGUCAACACUCGCCGUCGAUUGACUCUAGUCCUACUGCCAUGGGUCGGAGUAGAAUCGACAGUGACAUGGAUCUUGACAUGGGUCUUGAGUACACUCCAGUCCCUGCCUUGCGUUCGGGCGUUGAUCUUCUUCGAGGACGCAACCACCGAAUGCUUUCAUAUUAGCGACUUUCAAUUUUCUUCUUUUUCAAAGCUUUGCAUUUAGCCUGGCGUCCCGGAGCGAAAAUGCAUUCUUCAGAUUUCUUGGGGGACCCGGAUUGAAUCCAUAUUUCGGAGAGUGAGUGUAGUUUAGGGCCCAGGGCUCUUUUAUGGCUUUUGGCAGCAUCAAAUGCUUCGCCACAGCGUUGGCGUGGCACUUGGCGAUGCUCUUUCUUCGAACUUGUGCAUCACAGGUUCACCUUCUAGCUCCUAGAACUUGUCCGCAUUGGAGGCUCUACCCGACGUCUUGGAGUCGACGACCUCAAUGCUAUGACCUGGACCUGAAAAUAUGGUCAGAAAUAUGACAUCUUGUCCUCCAAUUACAAUCUUUAUCAUGCCUGAUACAGCAACGCGCAACCCAUCUCAAGCGGGGAGUGUUUGCAACUAAGUCAAAAGUGCAUCU